AUGGACCAGUCGACUGUGACAUUUUUAGCAGUAAUCGUGGUGGCCUUUGUGCUAUUAAAAUGGUUUGUGCAAUCCGAAUCUCAUCCAUCCGCACAACAUGCAGAUCCAAUUCGUUCAAGUGCGACGACAACUGCUCGCGCGCAGUCAAACGCCCCAAGGAGGCGUGCUAGAAGAAGAGUCACCGAUGAUAUGAUCGAAGUGGUCCAAAGUCUGGCUCCGUACUUGCAUAGAGAACAGAUAAGAUACAGUCUUGAGCAAACAGGUUCCGUGGAAGCCACCGUGGAGAUAUUUCUAAGAGGCGAGGAAUUGCCGUUCCCUCCGGGAUUCAGCCACGAAUCCUCAUCAGAAGCACAAAGUUCCACACACACAAGUGAGCGAACUCCUGAGGCUACCGAUCCAAAAAAGAAGAGUAAUAUCAAGCCUGAUAACCUUCUCUCUAAAUACCACGUCGACAUUAACGACGAUUUUACCGGAACUGCGUACCUCGACCUCUCGCUCGAAGAGCGCAAGAAGUUUUUAGUUUGGCAGGCGAGAAAGAAGAUGGAAGAGAAGCUUGCUAAAGAUGAGGACCUUGCUCAUUUGCUAGAUCAUUGA